AUGAUCUACAUGCCUUCUACUCAGGAAACGUAUUUGUACACGGCAGAUCAGUCCGCAGAGGAGACUGCGGAGAAGGAGCAGUAUUUGGAAGGUGCCGGCUACGAUGCCGUGGCCGUGGGCUCCGGCGCCUGCACGAAGCUCUGGGCCGGCUGCGCGGCUUUCUCAGCGGCUGCGCGCGACGCCUGGGAGAAGGUAUUGCAGUGCCCGCUCGCCAAGCAGAUCGAGCAACCUCUGCCGGAUCUCCCGCCUUUCUUUUCCAAGCCAGAGCUCUGCGAGUGGACUCGGGCUGCUAUCGCACUGCAGCCUCUGGCUGAGACAUCCCGCAGCUUACCCCAGCAGCGACUUCCAGAAUUACCUUCUGAUGCUACCACCACUAUUUCCUCCGAUGAAGAGAGCCAGAACAAGGACAAUGAGGCGGACGAGCGCAUCCUGCAAGAGGACAACGUUGACAAUCCGUCAAGCAGAACCAGCUCGCCCUACUCGUGGGGUCAGUGGUUUCUGGUGGCGGCCUUCCGGGAGCCUGACGAGGUUCUGGUUGCCAAAGCACCCGGUGAAGUCGGAGUCUCCCUCGUCUUCGACGAAAACUUGGGUAGAGCGGAGCUUGGUCGCGUAGUCUGUGUCGCCGCGACGAGUGUCGGUCAUGGAACUCCUGCAGAGCUCUACACGGCUUCAGAGUCACAAGAAGACUUGACGCUGGAGACUAUCGUCCGCUACAAGUACAAGAUGAUGGAAGGUAAGAUCAUCCUUUCGGCUGCGGUGGACGUCUGGCCGGCUCCAGAAGCUAAAAGGGCCACAUCUCCCGCUUGGUUGCAGCGACCAUGGCGGAGGGAGAGAGGCACGAGGUCAGAUGGCAAGCAGCUCUACGCAACGCCGAUUGGGAGUGACGAGAAACCCCAGAACAUUACCGGCCUGGCUGUCUCCGAGGGCGGACGGACCCUCUACUGGUCCACGGCUACAGACAUCUUCGUCGGUCAGAGCGAUGGAAACGGCGGUCAUCGCACGAUCUUCGGACACGAGCAGCUGCAGAAGUUGGGAGGUAGCACCUCUUCAAUCGUCUACUUGGCAGCGGAUCCUUUAGACGAGCUCCUCUUCUUCACUGUGCACCAAGGUGCCACCUCUCAGAGUUGUCGGGUCAGCCGGCUGCUUUUGCCCCCGCACGGCGGCAGCAGCGCCAGUGUGGUCACGACCGUCUUCGAGUGGCCUGUAGAGAAACUGUGGCUCAGUGCUCACUCGCAAGUUCUCUAUGUCGCGUCGGAGCACAGCCUGUACUCGCUCCCAGUCAACUUCUCGGCGUCUGUGGUGCCCCACCCCGUCUUCAAAGACCAGCAGAAAUUGUUGACAAGUUUCCACAGCUUCCACGUCCGUGGCACGGACUGUGUGCUGGGAGAGUGGCAAGAUCAGGGUGCUUGUACGAAGACAUGUGGCGGCGGCGUGCAGAAGCUUAUCCGGCCCAUCCUCACACCAGCCUCUGGUGGUGGUCGACCGUGCUCGAAGCAACAGGUCCGGCACAAGGAAUGCUUCGACCAGCCAUGCCCGGAGCGUGCGACGGACUGCCUUAUGGGUCAGUGGAUCAACAUGGCUGUGUGCUCGGCCACUUGUGGUUAUGGCAAGCUGCACCAGAGGAGGUCUGUCCUGCGUCCCGCAGCUGACGGCGGAGCUGCAUGCCCGGAAGAGCAGGAACGAAGUGUGGAUUGCGUCCGGGCAGAGUGUGGCGGCUACGACUUUCUAGUGGCUGCAAUGCCGGGCAGUCGGCACCUGGACCGCACAUCCAGCGGGAAGCGGUCAAGCAGAGCUCAGAGCUCCAUGGGCUCGCUGAACCUCGGCUCCAACUCGUCCGGUCACGCUCUGAUGGCCUUGGAUUCCGACAACCGCUUCCUUUACUUGGCAUCAAGUGGAGGACAAAGCGUCACGCGCUGGUCUGUCAGUGUCGGCGAUGGACACGUCAUGAGUUUCUACGCGAAGGAGGUGGUCUUCACCUCGAAGGCACACGGUGCCACGCCCACCAUAAUCGACCUGAAGAUCCAAGCUGCUACACUGUUCGUCGCCACAUCGGACGAGAAGAUCUUGCGAAUAGAUGAGGAUGCUCUGCUGACCUCCAGAGAGAAGUCUCCGUUGGUGCAAGUGCUCUACAAGGACUUGGGCCGGCUUCGCAGCCUGGCUGCUGCUGGGACCUACCUUCUCUGGGCAACCAGCAAAGAGGUGACACUGGGAACAGUGGAUGGGCCAGCGCCUCUUGUAGCGGAGCGACCAGUUCUGAACCAGAAGUCCUUGGAGGACUUGGUCGGCUCGUCCUCCGAGGUGGUGCAGGUGGAGUUGCUUUGGGACGCCAGCUGCUUUUUCCUGGCAGCCUGGGAUGCCACAAAGCAGACAUUGUCCAUUUUCCAGGUUUCCAUCACUUUGGACAGCUUCGCGACUGCCGUGGUUGAACAUCAGCAACUUCGACAGCUACGGCACACGUGGUCGAGCCAAGGUGUCAGAAUGCUUGCAACUCCCUUCUCUGCAUAUGUGUUCAGCGAUCGUCAGGUCUGGAGCUUGCCCCGACAUUUGGGGGAGGACACUUCACUCACUGUGCUGUCGAAAUCCUCGGCGAAGAUUUCUGGUCUCGCAUACUUUUUCCAGAAGGGCUUGGACUGUGCAGUCUCGGACUGGCUCAACAUUUCCUUGUGCAGCGCCAGCUGCGCGGGUGGACUCGUGCGGCAGGCCCGAGAAAUUCUGGCAGAGGCAUCGGAAGGUGGCAGUCGCUGCCCUGACGAGCUGGAAAGAGAGCUGCCAUGCAACGAGCUUCCGUGUCCGCUGGACUGCAAAAUGAGCGGCUGGAAAGAUGCGGGUAGCUGUUCCAAGAGCUGUGGGGGCGGAAAAAUCCGGCAGACGCGCAUCGUUCUAUCGAAACCUGUUUUCGGCGGACGACCCUGCUCGAAGCUGGAACAAGAGGUGCUGUGCAACGACUACCCGUGUGAAGGAGUCGAUUGCAGGAUGUCGGGGUGGAUGGACCAGGGGCACUGUUCGCGCAGCUGCGGCGGCGGUUUGCAGCGUCAGUUCCGGAAGGUGCUGAAGGAUGCUACCUUUGGUGGCCGAGCCUGUGACACGAUGAAUAUGUCUAGAACGGUGAUGUGCAAUCCCGUCCCGUGCAAGGCAGAGGGCUUCGAUCCGAUAGCAGCCGGCCGCAAGACAGGCUUUGACUUCGACAUUGCCGAGUUCUGCGACCCGUCGGCGUUUUUGAAACGGCAAGCGGAGCAUGGUCUCAGCUUGUUGGAACCGGCAUGGUUCACCAAAGACCCGCCUGUGGAAGCAGAUCCCACAGACGGCUCCUUCGACGCAGCCACGCAGAUUGGAGUCAUCGAUGCUGUGGGCUUCUUCGAUCCGUUGGGAAUUGCUCGAGAUGGCUUCUGGUCUCCUGCGCGACAGGUGGUGCCGCGUCUGGGCUUCUCCGAAGACCGGGGUCAGGUGGGCUUCGCCUUUGGCCUGGACAGUGAGUACGAGCCAAGUGAUCCUGCACUCAGCGAGGACGAGAAAUGGUUUCGCAGACUGCGCGAGGCCGAAUUGAAACACGGUCGGAUAUCAAUGCUGGCCGCAAUGGGAUUCCUGGUGGCUCAUAAGGUUCGUCUGCCCGGAUUUGACUUUGAUGUUGCAGGCGAGGGCAUUGGUGCAGGCUUGAGCAACGACACGUGGCAACGAAUCUCCCUUCUCAUCUUUAUUUUCUGUGGCCAAUUCGAGCGGAAUCAAUUCCGGCAAGAAUCUUCGCGACAGAUCGGUGACUUUGGCGACCCUCUCAAGUUAAAGCAGUACACGCCUGAGAUGCGGCUCACGGAGCUGAUAAAUGGUCGAGUGGCCAUGUUAUCUUGCUUGGCAAUUUUUGCUAUUGAGCAGACAACGGGAAAGCCUGCCACUGAAGUUUGGUACCCCUUCGAGUGA